AUGGAAAGCUUAAAAAGCUCUCAAACGAUGAAUGAAAAUUUCCCAGAUAACUGGGAGACUGUUUACAAUGAGAUUCGAGAGAUGAAAAAAAAAUGUAGUUGCUCCCGUGGACGUACAAGGUUCACAUACACUAGUCAAACGAAGGAUACAGUCCUUGGACCAACCAUGAAGAACUUGAAGGAAAAUUUGCCGCAAGGACUAUGUCUACGGGCAAUAAGAGAAAUUGACGAGGAUUCCUUAAACAAGCUUAUCGAAAAAGUUGGAUUCCAUAACCGUAAAACAAUUUAUUUAAAACAAAUGGCUCAAAUUCUGGAAGAGAAAUAUGAUGGUGAUAUCCCUAAAACGGUUGAAGAAUUGAUGUCUAUACCUGGUGUAGGCCCAAAGAUGGGAUAUCUUUGCAUGGGUAUUGCUUGGGACAAAAUUGUCGGCAUUGGCGUCGACGUACAUGUACACCGGAUUUCAAAUAUCUUGGGCUGGUGCCACACAAAAACAGAAGAGCAGACUCGAUUGGCUCUGCAAAGUUUUCUGCCAAAACAUCUAUGGCAUGAAGUGAAUUAUAUGCUCGUUGGUUUUGGGCAAACUAUUUGUCUUCCAAGAGGAAGGCGCUGUGAUAUUUGCACACUCGCUUCCAAGGGACUAUGUCCAAGUGCAUAUCAGGAAAAGAGUCUGGUGAGUGCAAAGCGCUCGAAAACUACGAAAAAGGUUAAGAAACGUUCUCCUACAGCUUCCCCAGAGGUUCAGGUAACUCAAGAGCAGAAGACGGAAUACGACGUAAUCCCUACUGGUCUGAAUGAACUUCCUUCUGAUGCUGUCCCGGAAAAGAAAGUUAAACUUGAGUCUUCUGUAGGUGACGAAAGUCAGAAAGAAAGCCUUAAGGAACAAAAUUACACAGAAAAUGCAGAUCAACCUUUACGACGGUAUCGAAGAACGGCUGCUGUGGCCUCUGAAUAUUUUUCUCGCCAGCAUCUUCAAGAUAUAGAAGACUUGUUUUAA